AAUUGUUAAUCAGCAUGAGAAUACAGCACUAAAAAGGAAAAGAAUCUGGAAAAUAUGUAAAAAUAUGAUUUUCUUUUUCUUUGUUAUGCGAUAAAUUUAUGAGAUAAUUUUUUUGGGGGAAUACAUAUGAAAUUUGAUGCAGAGAAAAUCAUGGAUUCGCAGCAAUUGGUCGAGACUGUUUCACAAAAUAGUCAGGAUUUGGUUAUAGCGAAACCGACAAGUAGCACGCCAAGGCAUAGCAUUGAAUCAAUUCUUGGAUUGGUGAAUCGAAAGAGGAGUCAUCAAGUUAUGGAAGACUCUGGAUAUAACACCCAGGAGAACAGCACUGGUGAAAACAGUUGUUGUAAUUCAACGGGUGGCGGAAGUGAUGAGGAAUUGGAACCUGGUUCCAGAGAUGAUUUAAACGAAAAUAGUCCAAAAAAGAAGCACCGACGGAAUAGGACAACAUUUACGACCUAUCAGUUACAUGAACUCGAAAGAGCUUUUGAAAAAUCCCACUAUCCUGACGUCUACUCGAGAGAAGAAUUGGCCAUGAAAGUCAAUUUGCCGGAAGUUCGUGUCCAGGUGUGGUUUCAAAAUAGAAGAGCGAAAUGGCGCAGACAGGAGAAAAUGGAAGCCGCCAGGCUUGGCAUCUCGGAAUAUCAUCACGCGAACAUGAGAAAUAUUGGAGGACCUGCAUUGGCACUAGCAGGAGAUCCUUGGAUGCCACCUCCGGGUCUUCUUAGUGCUCUUCCUGGAUUUUUAGCCGCCCCUCACACUGGUUAUCCAAGUUAUUUAACGUCUUCAAGAAGGCUUCCAUCUCCACCGAAUGUCUCUUCUGUCACCGGUCUUACAGCUGCCAUUGCUGCGGGACUGCCGAGUAUAGGCGGAGGGCCAGUGCAAGCACCAUCCAGUCCUCCAGGACACGAUCCAAGGACCUCGAGCAUUCAAGCUCUCAGGAUGAAGGCCAAGGAACAUGUAGAAAGUAUCACUAAAGGACUUCAAAUGGUGUGAAAUGAGGACCUAAAAUUUAUUAAAUUUAAAUCCCAAAUUAUAACGACUGCACUCGUGACAAAAAAAAAAAAAAGAGACUUUUUAUUAUUCUCAGUUUCAUGAGAUGCCCAGUGUGUUAAUAUUAACAAAAAAAAAAAAAAAUACCCCCCCCCCCUUUCCCGUGUGCAAAUAUAUUUAUUAGAGAAUGAGAGUAUCCCCCGACCCCCUUUUUUCCCCUCCUCGGAAAAAUUUAUCUAAUAUGAUGAAAUUUGAUAUUUCCGAAUGAAACGAAUGAAUGAAGAAGAAAAAAUACUCCCGCAGAAGCGCAAUCAUCAAAAAGGCGUUAUUUUCGACGCUUAUUAACUUUAUAAAGAUGCUCAGGAUGGACAAAAGGGUAAAAUACAAUUUUACAUUUUAUUUUUUUAAUUCAUUUUUCUCUUUUUUUU